AUGGUAGCCGGGAAGCGGGGGUUCGAACAAAUAACCAGCUGCGCUACGGGUUCUUCCGGCGAUGAAGCUUACUUCCCCGAAUGGAUAUACGAGAAGCUCGUGGAAGAGAAGGAUAUUGUGGCAGAAGCUGAUUUAAUAGCAAGGAAGAUGACAAUGGUGGGAUUAUGGUGCAUCCAAAUAAAUCAGAAAGAUAGACCCUCGAUGAAACGAGUCGUCGGAAUGUUGAACGGACGAACGGAAGACAUCGAGAUGCCUCGUAAGCCCUUAUUUAUGUUCUCUCUUCCUCGCCAACAAAUUUUUGAGAGCCAAAUCAAUUCAUUAGGCAGUGAUUCCAGUGUCAUAGCUUUGGCACAUGAUCAAAGUCCUUGA